UGCAGGCUGCAUCUCCCAGCAAAGUCGCUCUUGGGAUUUAUUGUGGUAUAGUAGCUCUCCUUUUUACUGUGAUAAAGACAAUUAACUAUCAGCUUCACCUUAUGUUUGAGGAAGAAGAAAUUAUACAUCGCAAUGUUCAGUCUGCUGUUUCCACAAAGGAUAGGACCGGAUCUGGAGCAAAGGAUAAUGGUGAACCAGAACUGAUGCCGUCUUUUAGUCCUGGGAAUGGCAUGCAAGAUCUUCAUUUGACUGUUCACAAAAGGGAUAGUUCAAAACCACCAGUCUGCCAGAACUCUUGCCAGUCCAUGCUGGAUACUGGGGCCAGCAGUGACUCUGAUUUGUCGGCAAAUCCUAAAGAUGCGGAAGUACUCAAAGAGAGAGACUUCAGAAGACUCACUGUAGCUCAGCAAAGCAAUGUGCUCUCACUUGAACCAACUUACACAGCUCAUUUAAUGUUAAAGAGGGAAGGAGAAGAUCUUAUCCAGAACAAUGCAGCACCCCUGAUGCCAUCUGAUUCUGCAGUGAGUUUCCAUCAUUCAGCUUCUCAAGAUGCAGAGCCCAACAGGCAACACAAAGGAGAGUGUGACACCUUGAAAGAAUCACCGUCAUUCCUUUCCCCAUCUACAGUGCCAUGCCAGUCAACUAUUUAUCAUACUGUAGCAUUAAAUGGAUUAGAUGGUUCUGAAAAUACUAGGCAUUGUGUUUUAGGUCAGAUUUAUACUUUGGCAUCAUGUGCUAGAUCAGCUAAUUUCGAUGGGGCCCCAAAUGAGUUGGAGGAUACACUCAAUUGGUCAGAGCACCUAGUGUCAACUGAACAGUUCAUAGAUAAAUUAAACCCAGACUGUCAAUGUACUGAUGUACCAGAGACCAAGUGCGAUGCAUUAGUGAUUAAUGCAGGUAAUGCUAAGCCAGGACCAAUGUGCAAUAGGAAUCUUCUUAGUGAUGAAAAUAAAUCUUUCAGGAAAUGUUUCAGUCAAACAAAGGAAACCCCUGGGAAUAUUGCUGGUUGUGCUGACUGUGGGGACCAGAAACUGCCAAGUGAACCAAGUACCAACCCUGCAGUAAUCAGAACAACCCACCUGAGAGCAAAAGAGGAUGAUUUUAAUGAUCCCGAUCAUGAAACUGUUUCAAUGAACAACUUUUCUUUGGUGCAACCUACAGAAAGCAAAGAAGUAGAACUCUACUGUGAUCAGGAUUCCAGCAAACAUUUAAUUAAGAGUUUGGAGCCUAAGACUAAUCAAAAUAAUUCAGUUCAGUGUCCUAAUCGGAAACCAAGUUUGCCAAAUAUGCAAGAUUCAGAGAUAACAGACAUUCCAGUUAAUUCACUGGGGCUGCAAGAAGUUAUGAGAAAGAGCACUGACACUGUUAAUAGUGCUAACUUAACACCCUCAUCAUUUUUGUAUGUUAAUGUGAAUAAAGGGACACAGAUGACGGGAUCUGAUAAGUUCAUAUCAAAGACAGAUCCUGCUGUCAGACCAAAGUCUUCCAGCUUUCUUAAAAGGGCUCUGUCUAGUCACCAGUGUGAUAAGCAGAAGCCAAGGAAACAAGUAAAUGUUGGUGCUGAUUCCACGGUUUGUAUUGGCAAUGAAUCUUGGUCUACAGUGGCCUCAAAGGACAAUAAAAGUGAAGAUGAGGAUACAAGUGAUCAUACUGGUCUCGGCAGCUCCUCAAGUCUGCAAUCUCAUCAUAAUCUUUCAAUAGAAACCUCUUCCAGUACUAAUUCACAGACCUAUUGUUCCCCAGAUCACACUCAUUGCAGCCACCAAAAUUUACACCGACUGACCGAUUCCAGAGCUGUGUCAGACUCCUUCUUGAAAGUUGUGCAUUGUCUAAUAGAAAACCAGAGGCAGCAUGAACAGCAAGCUGUGACCGAUUGCUCUGUGCAAACACACAUCACCGUCCUUAGUGCAAAUGGAGGAGCAGAUGUGGUCUUGAGCAGGAUAUCCAGAGGGAGCACGAACAAUCGGGGAAGAACAUUAACCACUUCAAAGUCAGAUUUAGAGGCCAAAGAAGGACAGAUCCCAAAUGAGUCAAACUCUAUAGAGUUCAUUUCCUUACUGGAGUCAAUUAAUAGUUCAAGAAUUAAUGCAACAAGCUGGACAGGUGAUUGUCAAGAGGAGGGUGCCAUGGAUGGAGGUAUGAUUUUAGCAUGUUAGGGUGUGUUUGAAUAGUUUCGUAAAUUUAAAACAACUUGCUAAUAUGUAUUUUUUAAUGUUGUUUCCAUAUAGGCACAGUAGAAAAUUCAACUGUAUUUUGUUAAGAGGUUUACAUCUGCCUACAAAAUCUUUCUUCCUGCUUUUUGUCACACUUGUUAAUAUUUCCAUUGUGAAUUACUAUAUCUGCAUUUGUAAUGGAAACUAUCCAUCACCUUGUAAUUAGGCCACUGGCUGGUGCUGUAUUAUCUUUUUUUGCAGAAAUCAUUCAAUGUGCUUCACACAAAUGUCAAGUGACUGAAAUUUCUAAAGUUUCAAAUAAGAACUUGAACAAAAUUCAAAUAACACUUUUCAUGAUAACAUUAUUAAAUGCAUCCAUUGAAUUAUAUUUUAA